AUGUUGAGUAAAAAACGCAAAAUCGACAGCGAAAAUAGGAAGUUUAUGAACGAGUGGACUGAACUAUAUUGUUUUAUAUUGCCUGAAAGGGUUGGAGCCAUUCCAGUCUGUUUGAAUUGCAAUUCAACUGUCGCUAUUAUUAAAAGUGGAAAUUUAAAACGGCAUUAUGAAACUACUCAUAAAGAUUUUCAUACAACAUUUCCUCCAGCCAGUGAAGUGCGUAAAAAUAAGCUCCAUGCAUCUGAAGCAGCGUUGCGUGUGUGCUGGGUUCUUAAUAAGCACCAAAAACCAUUUUCCGAUUCCGAAAUAGUAAAAGAGUGUAUGUUGGAAGUGGCCACUGCACUUUUUCAAGAAAAUAAAAAAAUCGUUACCUCUAUCCAAGAUAUUCCUUUGUCGGCAAGGAGUAACACAAGAAGGACAGAAAUGUUGACAGCCGAAAACAAAAAAAGCUUAUUUGAACUUUUACAUAAGUCACCGUGCUACUGCAUUGCGCUUGAUGAAUCUUGUGACUUAGUUGAUUCUGAACAAAUGUCAAUUUUCGUGCGAUUCUUUGAUUUUGAAAAUAAAGUGUUUAGAGAAGAGUUACUAGCAAUAUUGACAUUUGAAGGCAAGACUCGUGGAGAAGAUUUAUUUAAAAGUUUUGAUGACUUCAUGAAAAAAUCGGAUUUGAGUUAUGAUAAAAUUAUGUCAAUUUCCACUGAUGGAGCUCCAGCGAUGAUGGGAAAAGAAAAAGGAUUGUUAAAAAGAAUCCGGGGUAUUAACUUAUCAAUGCAUAAUUCACCAAACAUCGCUUUGUAUCAUGUUCGUUGGCUCAGUAAAGGUCGAGUAGUUGAACGUUUUUGGAACAUUAAAGAAAAAGAAGUAAAAACAUUCCUAAAAAAUGUAGAUACUGAAGAAGCAAAGAAGCAUUCGGAUUUCUUAGAAAAAAAUCGAAAUAUAGUUGCAAUGGCUUUCUUAAAUGACAUUUUGAAUUUUUUGUCAGAUCUUAUGAAGGAAUUUGAUGCUAUAUUCAAAGACUUUUCUGAAAUAGGAAAACUAUCACAAUUCUUAAAAACCCCUUACGAUGUUCUCCCAGACGGAGAAUGGACUGAUGUAGCUGAAAAAUUAUUUAAUCUUUCAAAGUCAAAACUCCAAAUAGAAAUAAUAGACCUACAGAAAGAUGUUUCCUUGAAGCAGUCCAGAAGUGCGUCAACUGAAGAAUUCUGGGCUAAAGAUGCCAUUGACAAGUAUUCAAACUGUGAAUACCAAAGUGGAUUCAGAAAAGGAAAAUCAACCACAGACCAUAUAUUUGUCGUGAGACAAUUAAUGGAAAAGCAUUAUGAAUACGCAAAAGACCUACAUAUGGUGUUUGUGGACUAUAAACAGGCCUAUGAUAGCGUGAACAGGGAAAAACUAUGA